CGUCCCUAUCGGCCUGUUUAGAGGAUUUUGCACAGUUCGAACGACAAUGAAGUAUUUAAGCCAAGAAGAGGCUCAAAACAUAGAUUUAGAGUUGUUUGAUGAGUAUUCGUUUAGUGUAGAUCAGCUGAUGGAGCUCGCUGGACUGAGUGUGGCCGUUGCACUGACCAAAGCUUACCCCAGAGGACAAGAUCAUCCGAACAUUCUUGUAUGCAGUGGUCCUGGAAAUAAUGGAGGAGACGGAUUGGUAGCAGCCAGGCAUCUCAAAUUGUUUGGAUACCAUCCAAAGAUAUAUUACCCAAAGAAGUCAGAAAAGCAGCUUUUUAAGAAUCUUGUUACACAGUGUGUAAGGAUGGACAUACCAUUCAUGGAUGAUAUGCCUAAACCUUCACAGAUUGAUUCUGAGUACAAGUUUAUUGUGGAUGCCAUAUUUGGCUUUACUUUUAAGGGAAAGGCAAGACCACCAUUUGCAGAUGUAUUAUCAACCUUAGAAGAAGUUACUAUUCCUGUUUGCUCAGUUGACAUUCCGUCUGGAUGGCAUGUAGAAAAUGGAAAUCCAGUUGGGAUACAGCCAGACUUCCUCAUAUCUCUUACAGCACCCAAGCUUUGUGCAAAGCACUUCAAAGGGAGAUUUCACUUUCUUGGAGGCAGAUUUGUUCCUGAUUCACUGGCACAAAAGUACAACUUGUCUCUCCCAGAUUAUCCUGGAACAGAGCCGUGCAUACAGCUGUAAACAAAGGGACUUCAUAAUAAAGCACAGUGACAUUGUCAAGAAGUGUUCUCUGUACAUUGAAUUUAAAAAAUCAGAAACAUUCUUAACAUUGUGACCAUUGAGGAAGUUUGAUGUGAUUGGCACAGUGUUGUAAAUGUAAUGCCUUUCCUCUGUGGUUUUCCCCUAAUAAAAGGAGCACCAGGAACUGUGCAGAGGCUGCAAACUUAUCUGGAAACUGAAGUUGUUGUGGCUGUACUUAUUAAAAGGAAUGUAAAUAUCACUCAUAUCAGUAGCUUUUGUCUUCAGGUACAAAAUGUAUUGUGAUUUGCAGAAAAUCCUCACAAAAAUUUUAAUUUCACUUUCUGUAAAACAGUUGUAACCCAUCUUGUUCAAAGAACAGUAAUAAACUGCAAACAUCCAAACUGUUCCUCUAAUUCAUUUGCAUUACAUACAUGUGGGUCACACUUGUACAUCAAAUAUGUCGAUCACAUGCUUACAGGGCAUUUUAGUCACUACCUUUUCAUUCACAGCUUACUUUAUGUAAUAGUGGCCGAUGGUCAAAUGUCUACCAUGCCUCUCUAAUCAUCAGUGGUUUUAUACCUGCUGAUUCACCCUCCCUAUGCAUGUGUGUCAUCUCUACAGAUUAAAAAAUGUUGAACAGGUACUGUGCAAUUUCCCAGACACCACUCACAACUUUAACUUUUUGAAACCGUUACUAUGACAUUAAAUUUAAUUGCUGCUAAAAGUAGUGUACAGUCAAAGUUGUAUCAAGUGGUCAUCCACAGGGACUGUCAGGUUGAGGGGUUGACUGCCUCAAACAGGUUCCAAAAAAUAGGAAAAAUCUAAUUAAAAAAUGAUAUAAAAAACCAUAUUACACCACUAAAUGAAAAACAAAUCGCCCAAAAAUACUAUUAACAUUGACCUCGGAAGUGAGUGUACAUAAGAGGGGGAAAAAGUCCGUAUUUAGAAAACUGACUACAAAAAACCAUGGUGAACUUGAUUAAUACAGCUCUCCUGUAUUUGUCAACGCUAGACCGCGUGUUUGGAUCCAAAAUGAUUGACCCAAGGGUCAUGUUUCAGUUUGAAAGUCUGGAAAAAAAUGUGUACUCUUGGUAAUGAGGUGACUUCACUGAUUAUUAUUUAGAAAAAAUCUUUAAGCUCAGCAGUCUUUCCUCAAAGUUGAAUGUACAUACAAACAUAUAAAUACAUUAGUCACUCGCAUAUAGAUAGUUAAUAAUAUUUCAGUCAUAGAGAAAUUGGAUGCAAAGUAUAAGUCAGCGUCAAUUUAUUUGCCACCUUGAUCCUUUCUUCGUUCCUCGACAAGCAUCACUGCAUUUCCAAUAAACUGUUCACUUGACUGUUACCUUCCAACUGAUGAAUAACCAUAGCUUAAAAAGUGGUAUUCGGAAAGAGUUCCCUAUAACCUCAUACAUUAAUUAUGCAUUCCAUUAAGACUAAAUAUAAAGGUUUUUUUGCAACACUCUAUCCAUAAUCAAUGUAUGGGGUUACAUGGAACUCUUGCCGUGGUAUUCUAAGCAUUCCAUUUCACAUAUUUCAUUAAAUCUUCCAAACUAGAGUUCCAUUUGGCGUAUUUCUUGAACAAUCGAAGGACUUCUUCCUGACGGCCGUUAGACGUUGUUUCGUUAAUUCGUACCAUUAGCGACUUGGCUAAUGUCUCUUUAUGCAUCUCCAGUUUAACGAGAAUAUUGUUUACUUGUAGGUAAACGUAAUACGAAAAGGUCAGGAAAAGACUCCAGAAAAUGAUCGACAGUAUAAAACCUUUAGGCGAAAUUAUUCCCAUCCUUUUAAGCCUUCUCCAGAUUCGUAAAAUUGUUGGAUUGUACCGAGCUGCUCCUUGCGGCAUUCUGGAUUUUGCAGGGUCUGGUUAGAUGCUAAUAAUGUUUGCACGUCGAUAUUUUUCUUAGCCAAGUCCUGUUUCGAAGAUGAAAUGAGAUCUGUUAUGUUAGACUGACAUUAACUUUCGUUCAAAUGCAAAACUAGCGCAUCUCAAUGUGUUGAGACAACAAAA